AUGUAGAUGAAAGCAGAUUGGCAAAUGAAGUUGAUGGUGGACUCGUUGAAGACCCGAUGGUGGUUGAGAAGAGUCAGAGUUCCGGUGUAACUGGAAAUUCGGUUCAACUGUCUCAAGUCCCUCGGCUGUACUCCGGCGGCGACAUAGAUAUUGGAAUAAAAAAGGACAUUAAUAAUAAAGACAGUAAAGAAUGUAAUAUUGAAUUGUCCGAGUUGGACGAAUUCCUGCAUUGUCGUGGCUGCAACGACAAUAACCGAGAAAUGGUGGGCCAAGACAUGGCCCAGAGCUACAACGAGCUCUUCCACGCAGCCCAGGAACCUCAAGAAUUUAUCUCGCUCGAAGAAUUAGGCCCGAGAAUCACCACCGAUCAUCAUUGUCAUCAAACGGUAGCUAAUCCUGGUAUAAAUAGUGACCAGUUGUAUGGAGACACUGAUGAGGGGCAGCAUCAAAGUCACCCGAGGACUUAUUAUAAUUUAUCUUCUCUUCCAGACUCAUGCGCAAGUGUUUAUUUUGGUGACAUACGUAAUGGAAACAAUGGAAUCCAAGCUGGAGAACCACUUGCACCGACAGCGACUCCAGCGACAGGAACAUUGUCACCUGAAAGACUUGAUCGGCACUCGAGCAUCAAAGGCCCGGCAAAUGAAAGAAAAAACAACGUCAACACCACGACCACCACAACGGUGGUACAAGCAAUAACAGUAUCAGUAGCGACGAACAUCAGUAACAGCAGCAGCACAAACUGUUCCGUCCGUGAUGUUAAAAUCUCUCGAGUUGACGGAACUUUAGGGCCCGAGUACAACCAAAAUUGCAUCGAACCUUUUACGCAUCCCGAUAGCUGUGCGAUGCAGACUGUCUUGUCGCCGAGUCAGAGUCACUCGUAUCAUCACCACCACCACCAUCAUCAUCGUCACCAUCAUCAUCAUCAUCACCACCGUGAUAUCCUUGAUAGUCAUUGCAAUACUCCUGAAGAUGAUUGCUUACCUCUUACUAAAAAAAGAAAAGUUUCUUGUCAAGAUGAAAAUGAUCUGAUAGAAGAUACAAUAGAUAAUAAUAAAUCACUCCGUAUAAAUGCUGACAGUAAAAAGCAAAAUCACAGCGAAAUAGAGAAACGAAGACGCGAUAAAAUGAAUACUUACAUCACUGAAUUAUCAGCGAUGAUACCGAUGUGCCAUGCAAUGUCUAGAAAAUUAGAUAAGCUCACUGUAUUACGUAUGGCAGUGCAACAUAUUAAAACAAUAUUAGGCGCAGUUACAACUUACACUGAGGGUCAUUACAAGCCGGCGUUUCUCAGCGAACAAGAGUUGAAAACUUUAAUCCUGCAGGCUGCUGAUGGUUUUCUCUUUGUCGUCGGUUGUGAUCGUGGGAAAAUUUUAUAUGUAUCAGAAUCUGUUUCUGAAAUACUCAAUUAUUCUCAAGAGGAUUUACUGGGUCAAAGUUGGUUUGAUAUAUUGCAUCCAAAAGACGUAGCGAAAGUUAAAGAGCAAUUAUCUUCAUCAGACUUAAGCCCGCGGGAAAGAUUAAUAGACGCGCGAACGAUGCUUCCGGUGAAGACUGACGUACCGCAUGAUGUUUCAAGGCUGUGUCCCGGAGCUAGGAGAUCAUUUUUCUGUCGAAUGAAGCGAAAGAUAGUUGAAAAUUCUUCUGGAUGUAGUGAGUCUCAGAUUAAAGAAGAAACGGACCCUGCGAUUGGUUGUCAUCGCAGAAAAAAACAGCAAAGUACUGACUGGAAAUACUGUGUUAUCCAGUGUACCGGUUAUUUAAAGUCCUGGGGGCCGGCAAAACUCUGUGUGGAAGAGCAAGAAGGCGAAAGUGAUGGUGAAGCAGGCAAUUUAUCUUGUCUAGUAGCUAUUGGAAGAGUUCAACCAAGCUUACCAGCUCUCACUUCUAAUUCAUCGCGUACGCCGCGAUUAAGGACCAUAGAAUUUGUUUCGCGACAUGCUACGGACGGAAAAUUUCUUUUCGUCGACCAAAGGGCGACGAUUGUGUUGGGUUUCUUGCCACAAGAACUUUUAGGAACAAGUAUGUACGAAUAUUACCAUCAUGAGGACAUUCCUCACCUUGCAGAGUCUCACAAAGCGGCACUUAAAUCUUCUGAACGGGUUACGACACAGGUUUAUCGAUUUAAAGCUAAAGGUGCUAGUAUUGUAAGACUACAGUCCGAGUGGAGAUCUUUUGAAAACCCGUGGACCAAAGACGUUGAAUAUCUUAUUGCAAAAAAUUCAGCUGUUUGUAUCGAUAGUCAAGAAAAUAAUAGGUAUGAGUCGAGCUCAAAUGUACAAGAGAAUUAUGACUUUUAUACUCAAAGUAACGCUAGUCUAGGACGACUAAUCUCUAGUCAAGUAGAGAUCUCAACGGCAGCAUCUUCUGAGAGAGAUCGUGAUUCAACUCAGUCCAGCAUUGGCAAUGAAGCGAAUGACCUAACGCCGUUUAACAAUGUCUUGCCAAAUGUUUCAUUAAAUAUGACUCAUGAUCAAGGAACGUCGAGUGAAAAAAAUAUGUUAGAAAUGAUGGGAGAUACGACUAUAAGUGACACUCCGAAUCCUUUGACCACUGACGGAAGUGACGAAGCAGCUAUGGCUGUAAUAAUGAGCCUCUUGGAAGCAGAUGCUGGUCUAGGAGGCCCUGUAGACUUCUCAGGACUUCCUUGGCCGCUUCCUUAA